AUGACCGGUGGAAAGUCUGGUGGCAAGGCCUCUGGCUCCAAGAAUGCUCAAUCCCGUUCCUCCAAGGCCGGCCUUGCAUUCCCUGUUGGCCGUGUCCAUCGACUGCUGCGGAAAGGAAACUACGCACAGCGCGUUGGCGCCGGCGCCCCUGUAUACUUAGCUGCCGUGCUCGAGUACUUGGCUGCUGAAAUUCUCGAGCUUGCCGGCAAUGCUGCUCGAGACAACAAGAAGACCCGUAUCAUCCCCCGCCACCUCCAGCUUGCCAUCCGGAACGAUGAGGAGUUGAACAAGCUCCUGGGUCAUGUUACUAUCGCGCAAGGUGGUGUCUUGCCCAACAUUCACCAAAACCUGCUGCCGAAGAAGACCGGUAAGAGCGGUAAGAAUGCGAGCCAGGAGCUGUAA